AUGGCCACUCAACCACAUAGCAGAAAGAGGGUUUGCUACUACUAUGACAGCGAUAUUGGCAAUUACUACUAUGGACAAGGACAUCCCAUGAAACCACAUAGGAUACGCAUGACCCAUAAUUUGCUCCUAAAUUAUGGACUUUACCGAAAAAUGGAAAUCUAUCGUCCUCACAAAGCUACCGCGGAAGAAAUGACCAAAUUCCACUCUGAUGACUACAUCAGAUUUUUACGCUCCAUUCGUCCAGACAAUAUGUCAGAAUACAACAAACAGAUGCAGAGGUUCAAUGUAGGAGAAGAUUGCCCUGUCUUCGAUGGCCUCUACGAAUUUUGUCAACUCUCUGCCGGCGGUUCAGUAGCUGCUGCAGUCAAACUGAAUAAACAGGCCUCAGAGAUCUGCAUCAAUUGGGGAGGAGGCCUACAUCAUGCCAAGAAAUCAGAAGCGUCCGGAUUUUGCUAUGUCAAUGACAUAGUUCUCGGUAUUUUAGAACUGCUCAAGUACCACCAACGUGUUCUAUACAUCGAUAUUGAUGUCCAUCAUGGAGAUGGUGUUGAGGAAGCUUUCUACACCACUGACCGUGUUAUGACUGUCUCCUUCCAUAAAUAUGGGGAAUAUUUUCCUGGUACUGGAGACUUGAGAGAUAUUGGAGCAGGCAAGGGCAAAUAUUACGCGGUCAACAUUCCUUUGCGCGAUGGCAUGGACGAUGACGCCUAUGAGAGCAUAUUCGUGCCGAUAAUCAGCAAAGUCAUGGAAACGUUCCAGCCCAGCGCGGUCGUGCUGCAAUGCGGAGCCGACUCGUUGACCGGCGACCGAUUGGGAUGCUUCAACCUCACCGUCAAAGGGCACGGCAAGUGCGUGGAAUUCGUCAAAAAGUACAACUUGCCGUUUAUGAUGGUAGGCGGUGGCGGUUAUACUAUCAGGAACGUCUCGAGAGCGUGGACGUACGAGACCUCGGUGGCAUUGGGCGUGGAAAUAGCCAACGAGCUGCCCUACAACGACUACUUCGAGUACUUCGGCCCCGACUUCAAGUUGCACAUCAGCCCAAGCAACAUGGCCAAUCAGAACACUCCCGAGUACUUGGAGAAGAUCAAGACGCGGCUGUUCGAGAAUUUGCGGAUGCUGCCGCAUGCUCCCGGGGUACAGGUGCUCGCUAUUCCUGAAGAUGCCAUCAACGAGGAUUCUGACAAUGAGGACAAAGUCGACAAGGACGAUCGACUUCCACAAAAGGACCUGGACAAGCGGAUAGUGCCGGAGAACGAGUUCUCGGACAGUGAGGACGAGGGCGAGGGUGGCCGAAGGGACAACAGGAGUUACAAGGGCAGGAAGCGGCCGCGGCUGGACAAGGGUGGCGAGGGCAAAGAGGGGGGCGAGGAGAAGGUGAAGGAGGAGUCGAAGGGGGACAAAGUUUCUGUUGAACAGGAGAGUAGAUGA